GUAUUUUUACAUUGUGGUACUGGUAACCUGUGGACUUCUUCCACCAUUGCAUGUCACACACACACCGUAUGCAAAGCAGAGGUGAAGCGACAGCGCUCUCUAGUGGCAACAUAUGACACACUGCACAUGUUCCUGCUCACUUCAUUUGAUUUUGCCCUGUGCUUUUAUUUUGACAUUUUUCAUGAGCCAACAUCAAAGUUUGGAACAUCCAGGAAUGAAAGAAACGAGUGACGAUGUCUUCUCUGUCUCUGCCUCACCGUGAAGUCAGAAACAUCUCAGCACACAACCUCUCUGUGAGGCUCUGGGUCCUGGUCUGCCGCCCCCGCAACGUCCCCUCACGUUGAUUUAUUCUUUUUAAAUUGCACUUUGGUCACAGUUGGGGACUGAGGGAGUGGGGACAAAGUUCACAGGGCGCAUGUAAGGAGGAGGGGGUGAAGAGGAGGAGGGUUGAAAAAAGAAAAAAAAAGAAAAUUGACCUUUGAAAGCAAAACAGCAGGUGGAGAGCGAAAGCCAGGCAGCUCGGGACACAUCGGGAGGAAAUUCAGCACAGGGAAAAUGAAAGUUCUCUUGAGCUGAAGAAGGACUACAAACAUAAUGAGGCCCGUCUGAGCGUGGAAGUGCACAUGUGAGCAGUGUUUGUUUGCGAGGCGGCAGCGAGGCAAGGCGUCAGAGUAAUGGAGGAGAGGGCAGCCAAGGCGAGGCCGAGCCGCCUGACAGCCCUUCAGGAGCAGCUGAUCUGGGCCCUGCUGGGAUCCGGACUGUCUCGGGAUGUCCUGGUCCAAGCCAUCGGGGAACUGGAGCGAGACAGGGCGACUUCCGGUGCCGAGAAGGCAGAGAGGGGGGACGGAGAGAGCUCCGAGGAGGGAGAAAUGGACUUUCCACCGGCCAUAUUCAGAGAGCUGGAGAAGCUUCCCCCGGAGGAGGCGGCCAAACUCAGGGCCCAGGUGGACCAGCUCCUGCAGGGGGACCCCUGGCAUGUGGCAAAGAUGGUGAAAAGCUACAUGCAGCAGCACAACCUCCCUCAGAGAGAGGUGGUGGAGUCCACUGGACUCAACCAGUCCCACCUCUCGCAGCACCUCAACAAAGGCACGCCCAUGAAGAACCAGAAGAGGGCCGCUCUGUACACCUGGUACGUCAAGAAGCAAUGCGAGAUCAGCCAGCGUGAGUACACAAGCGGCUGCGGAGCUGCAAAACCCUCAUUUCCCGGCAUCAGGUGUCAGAAAGACCACAAUGAAAAGAGUAACCAUCCCUUUACAGAAUUCACCAACGCCAAACACGGCAUGUCAUCCGUGGAGGAGCAGGGGGAGGACACCAGGAAGGGCCGGAGGAACAGGUUCAAAUGGGGCCCGGCGUCCCUGCAGAUCCUGUUCCACGCCUACGAACGACAGAAGAACCCCAGCAAGGAGGAGAGAGAGGGGUUAGUGGACGAGUGUAACAGAGCCGAGUGUCUCCAGAGGGGCGUGUCUCCUUCCCAGCUCGCUGGCCUGGGUUCCAACCUGGUUACUGAGGUCCGGGUGUACAACUGGUUCGCCAACCGCCGCAAAGAGGAGGCCUUCCGCCACAAGCUGGCACUGGACACACCUUUUACCAACCAAUCUGCCUCCUCUUCCCACCCCACCCUUCCACCGAGUCCUGAGCCUGGUAUGAAAUACAGCCAUCAGAUUCUGUGUGACACCAUGAGCUCACCCAGAGGGGGAGGGGAGAGAGUGGGGCGCCUUGUGGUCAGUCCGGUCCCGCUGGAGCCCAGCCACACACUCCUCGAGACACAAAACACCAAACAGGCGUCCAGCGGUGGCCCACUGCCCCCAGUAAGCACUCUGACCUCACUGCACGGCCUGUCUGCCUCCCCGGCCUCCUCGCAGAGCCUCAUCAUGGCCUCGCUGCCCAGCGUCAUGAGCCUGGGCGAGUCCUCGCUUCUCAUUGGUUUGGCCUCGACGCAGACUCAGACCGUGCCUGUCAUCAACAACAUGGGGGGCGGGUUCACUACUCUCCAGCCAAUCUCCUUCCAGCAGCAGCUUCACGCCUCCCCCCAGCAGCCAAUAUCCCAGCAGCUCCAGGGUCACAUGGGCGCCAGUCCCUUCAUGGCAACCAUGGCACAGCUGCCGUGUCACAUGUACAACAAGUCGGACUCGCCGCAGUACCACUCGUCCAGUCUGCUGUCUCAGGCCAUGGUCAUCACCGACAGCAGCAGCCUGGGGACGCUGACCAGCCUCGCCACGGUCAGACAGAUCCUAACAGCAGAUUCAGAGGAACCAACAGACUCACCUUUACAAGAAGACUCUCUACACCUGCAGCCAGACACACCUGUGCCAGCUUCUUCGGAGAGCCUGGAGCUGUAUUCUGCUCCUCAGACGACAGACAGCCACCAGUCUCACCUCCUCCCGCCGUCGCCGACAGACAUCAGCUCCUUCAUUCCCUCACAGAUGGUGUCUACUGCGCAGUGAAAGCGCUCGCGUCUCCUCGCCGUCAGCUGGACUUGGGACUCGGACGCCGAUUUGGACCGACAGCUACCUCUGGUGUAAACGUCUAGACCCGAACCCGGAGUCACGACUCGACCCUCCGAAGCUCCGAACCAUCGUAGUACGAACAAGAAUCGACAUUAGAGAAGAUUCACUUUUGAUACGACAAUCACUGAAAAUCAACACCGAAAUGUAUUUUUAUUAAAAUGUUUAGUGAUGCUCAGAAAUUGUACAUAAAGAUGAAACUUGUAAACAA